AGUGUCCCUCCUCCUGGCUGAGAACUCCAAGAGAAGAUUCAGAGGUUCUCCUGGAAGAAGAAGAAAAAAAGAGUCCAUUUCCUCUCUGUUACCGUCUAUACAGCUUAGAAAGUUGGCUCUCUGACCUUCUUUCUGGAUGGUUUAAGUGCUGAUGUUGCAGGAGAUAGGGAGGCGAAAGGGAGGAAAGCACCGGCUGAUUGUGGAAAGGUGGAAAAAAAACACAGAGAGAUCAAAAACAGGAAAGAAGCUGAGAUCAUUAGAUUUCCUUAGUGAUCCCUGGGAAAGCUAGAAUAGAACAAGGAAUGUAAAACCGGAGUUAACGCUGGCAACGAGAAGACCAGAGUUAGCUUUUCGGCCCUUCGGAGCCACCACCUCUCGGCGGGAUGAACGGCACAGCCUCUGAGCUCAGCCUGAGUCCCUGGGAAUGCGCACCGCAGACUCCGCUGGUCCAGAAAUACCGUUCCUUUUCUGCUGUGGAGCCAUGCUCCCCGCCUGCCGGAGACUGGGAUGCCACAGAAGAAGAGGAAGAUGGUCGGUUCUUGGGGGUCUCUAUGCGCACCUCGAGCGCCCUGAGAGGCGCCACUCGCACGUAUGACUCCUUCCGACGGCACAGCUGGGAGCCAGGGAAAGUGCUUGAAGAUGAUCCAGAUUUUGAUCAGCACAGCAUAGGUUUGAAAGACUUCUCCCCCAACGAGAUCGACUCUUCCACCGAACACUUGGAUGUUCAUCUCCAGAGUAGAAGGGACCCACGGCGGGCCCCCAUUAUCCAUAGCAAUGAUGAGAUGGAGUCUCUCCUUUCUCAGGAGGAAGAAGAUGAGGAGGCCGACAAUCGGACAAUGUCCCAGGAACACAUCGAGAGCAUGCAAUCCUAUCGCGUCUCCCAAAGUUCCCUCUGCGGUCCUCUUUCCAAGUCUGUUUCCAUGAGUGGUAUUGAUAGCUACCCGGAUGCAGAUGUUUCCCUUUACGCUGACGAUGUGAGCCUAGCUAACGGCUUCAGCGCAGGGAGCUGUGGGUGGCUGGACGCCACCACGGUGGAGGACAACGACCAGGUACACCCCCAGCGGGAGGGGACCACCCUGGGGCGGACGCUCAGCUUCUUGAAAAAGAUGGCGGGAAAGUCAAAGGUUGCUUUUCACCUAGAUGAAGGGGACCUCGAGGUGGCUGACCACGAUUAA